UAUUAUUUUAACUUUUUUUGUAAGGCCUCCAAAUUAGCAACCAUGUGGGAGUACCGUCACGUAAUACCAUAUGAUACGCGCCUAAAAAUGACUCCCUUCUGCCAGGAAUGGCAGUCGGUAUGUUGGUUUAUGCUUAAACUGCACGCCAUACUCAAGCCGUUGCUUUUUGAGCGUUUGCUGACAUCAGUUGCCACCAUUAUCGUUUUGGUUAUAACCACAGUCUAUGCAUUUUAUUUACUACACAAGCGCUAUAAGCAGUAUGUUACCAUGAGGGAGCUGCACGCUUUGCGCGAACGCGUCCAGUAUGUGAACAAUGAUAUGGUCAAGAUGCAUGACUCGCUGAACGCCACCCUGGCAACGAAGGCAAAAGAUGACAACGGUCGAGCAGUGGAUGACAAGUUCAUACAGUUUUUGGAUGUGAUGUUUGAACAUGGACCUCCAUCAGAUUGUGCUAGCACCACCAACAGUAUCCCUCUCAACACUACGGACAGUCCGCCCGAUAAUCCACAUACACUGCCCCAGCACAGUUCUGGUGGCAGCUCCAUGGAAUUACGUCCGAAUCCUCAGUCACGCAGUCCCAAUGGCAAUGAAUUGCUGCAGAUUCCAACUAGACUGGAAGAUCAAUUCCUCAUGGCCGAACCAAGUCCGCUUAUAGAAGAACCUUCUGCCAUGUUUACAGCCGAAACUCAAACUCCAAAGCAAGAGCCACUUCAAGAUCUAGAGCUAAGCCCUACUACCAAGAUGAGUCCUACGGUACCCCCCAAACGACCCAUCAGACAUGGUCUCAAUCGUGCCACAUCAGGUAUACCACUGUAUAAGCGGAAUACAAACACUGCUCGAGAUGGAAACAACACAGUGCGUUGGAGAACGUAGAAAUGAAAAUUUGAGUAAAGGGUAGAGGAAGAUACAUAACUCGGAAGGUAACUCAAGAUCCAGUCCAGUUUUCAAAAAACUUUGCUCUGGGUCCAAGUAUGGGAGAAAGUUAAAACUUGUGCUUAGACAGGGACUCUUCAUUGGACGUGGUCUAGUAAUCAAAGACGCAUGUGUUGUAGUUGUAUUUUUUUAUCAUUUCAAUAAUGUCGUUUCGUAGUAUCAGUUAGAAAAUCAACCAAGCCAAGCAAUAAAACAGAAACAAUCCCAUACAAGCCAA